UCGUCUAAGACUCUGGUCUUUCGUGUCUAUAAAAUUUUGGGUCUUAGGGUUUUGAUUUUGUUGUUUUUAUUUAUUAUUAUUAUUUUUUUUCUCUCUUUGUGGGUUCUGGGUUGGCUUCGUUUUUUGUUGCUAUUUAGGGAAGCUUUUGUUGUCGUUGUAUCUUUAUUGUUUGGUUGAGUCCCAGUAGUUUCUGUUGUUGAUGGAACAUUUCGUGUUAACUCUAUUUACUCUUUGCUUUACUAUUUUUUUCAUCUUUUUUCUUAUAAGUUUCGUUUAAUAUUUUGUUAUUAUUAUUUUUUCCAUUUGGGGCUAUAUUUGUGGUCUGGGUUUGCAAUUUUAUCUUUAUCCUCUAAUGGGUACCACUGUUUCGAAUGUUUUCAAUAUCAUAUGUGGAACUGUCUUCAGGGAAUAUGAUUCAAGAGUAUGUUAUGGCCCCGCGGGGUGUUUGGGAGGAGGAGUUUUGGAUCUUUCCUAUACUGCCAUUGUCCCCCAUUUUGUUUGCAUAUGGCCAUAAGCAAGCAUAGGCUAUGGGGAAAAGGCAAAUGACUUACUUGUUGGAUGUUUAUAUAUAUGAUUACCUUAUGAAAAGGAAAUUACAUGCUUCUGCAAAGGCUUUUCAGUCUGAAGGGAAAGUUUCUACGGAUCCCGUAGCUAUUGAUGCACCUGGUGGCUUUCUGUUUGAAUGGUGGUCUGUCUUUUGGGAUAUAUUUAUUGCUAGGACAAAUGAGAAGCACUCAGAAGCAGCUGCAUCAUACAUUGAGACUCAAUUAAAUAAAACUCGGGAGCAGCAGCAGCAGCAGCAGCAGCAGAAGCCUCAGCAGAAUCACCCGAUGCAAAUGCAGAAGCUCCUAUUGCAGAGGCAUGUUCUGCAGCAGCAGCAGCAGCAGCAGCAGCAGCAGCAACAUCAGCAGCAGCAGCAGCAGCAAAGAGACGGAACUCAGCUUUUGAAUGGCACUUCUAAUGGGCUUGUUAGCAGUGAACCUCUAAUGAGGCAGAAUCCUGCGACUGCGAAUGCCUUGGCAACAAAAAUGUAUGAGGAAAAGUUGAAGCUUCCUCUACAAAGGGAUGCCUUAGAUGAUGCAGCAUUGAAGGUACAAAGGUUAGGUGACAACAUGGGCCAGCUUCUAGAUCCAAACCAUGCUUCACUGUUGAAAGUAGCUGCUGCAGGUGGUCAGCCUCCUGGGCAAAUGCUGCAUGGUACACCUGGGGGUAUUCCGGGGGGUAUUUCGGGGAAUCCUCAGCAAGCGCAGAAUCGUAAUCAGCAACUUCCUGGGUCAACGCAGGAGAUAAAAAGUGAGAUGAUGAGCCCCAAAGUUGCUGGUCCAGAAGGGUCAUUGAUCGGUAUUCAUGGAUCAAAUCAAGGCGGUAACAAUUUGACGCUGAAAGGAUGGCCUUUGACGGGUUUCGACCGGCUUCGAUCUGGACUUCUUCAGCAGCCAAAUUCUUUGAUCCAGUCCUCUCAGCCUUUAAGUCAACUUCAGUUACAGCAGCAACUUAUGCUUCAAGCACAGCAAAACUUAGCAUCACCAUCUGCCAAUGAUUUGGAAUGUAGAAGACUGAGAAUGCUUCUCAGUAAUCGGAAUAUGACUCUUGGGAAGGAUGGUCAGUUGCAUUCUGUUGGUGAUGUAUCAAAUGUUGGGUCACCAGUCCAAGUUGGUUGCCCUGUGUUACCUCAUGAAAAUGCAGAUAUGCUAAUUAAGUUACAGCAGCAGCAACUGCAGAACAAGAAUCAACAACAGCAACAAUAUUUACAGCAUCCACUUUCAAGUCAACAUUCUCUGGGUUCAAACCACCACCUCCAGCAGCAAGAUAAACUGAUUGGUGCUGGCAACAGCACAGCAGAUGGUAGCAUCUCUAAUACCUUUCAAGGAAAUGACCAGGCUUCAAAAAAUCAAAUUGGGCGAAAGAGAAAACAGCCAGUUUCAUCAUCAGGACCUGCCAAUAGUUCAGGGACUGCAAAUACCACAGGGCCAUCUCCCAGUUCACCUUCAACACCUUCUAUACAUACAGGAGACGCAAUGUCAAUGCCAACAUUGCCCAAUAAGGGUGGUUCCUCAAAGUCUCUGCUUAUGUUUGGCUCUGAUGGUUUGGGCUCACUUACAUCGGCACCAAAUCAAUUGGCUGAAAUGGACCGUUUUGUGGAUGAUGGAUCCCUGGAUGAUAAUGUUGACUCAUUUUUAUCUCAUGAUGAUGCGGACCCUAGAGAUAGAGUCAAUCAUUGUUCAGAUGUUACCAAAGGCUUCACUUUUUCGGAGGUACGGGUUAUUCCUGCAAGUACAGGUAAAGUUGAAUGUUGCAACUUUUCACGUGAUGGAAAGCUGCUUGCUACAGGUGGGCAUGACCGAAAGGCAUUUUUAUGGUGCACUGAGUCGUUUGUAGCGAAGUAUACACUUGAUGAGCAUUCCCAAUGGAUAACUGAUAUCAUUUUUAGCCCUAGCAUGUCAAGGCUUGCUACAUCCUCUGCUGACAAAACUGUCAGGGUUUGGGAUGUCGAUAAUCCGGGGUAUUCACUUCGUACUUUUACGGGGCAUUCCACAAGUGUUACGUCACUGGACUUUCACCCAAAUAAAGAGGACCUUAUCUGCUCCUGUGAUAACAAUAGUGAGAUCAGAUAUUGGAGCAUCAAGAAUGGUAGUUGUGCUGGAGUUUUCAAGGGUGGAGCGACCCAGAUGAGGUUUCAACCUUGUCAUGGAAGGACUCUUGCAGCAGCAGCAGACAAUUUUGUGUCCAUACUUGAUGUAGAGACCCAAGUUUGUAGGGUCAAGUUGCAGGGUCAUAAAAACCUUGUCCAUUCUGUUUGCUGGGAUUCUUCUGGUGAGCUUGUGGCAUCUGUGAGCGAUGACAUGGUUAGAGUUUGGUCAAUUGGCUCCAAUUGCAAAGGGGAAUGCAUCCAUGAGUUGAGCGGCACUGGAAACAAAUAUAAUACUUGUGUUUUCCAUCCGACUUAUCCUUCUUUAUUGGUUGUUGGCUGUUAUGAGUAUCUGGAGCUUUGGAACAUGAAAGAGAACAAGUCGAUGAAUUUACGUGCGCAUGACAAGCUGGUCUCAUCUUUGGCAGUAUCAAGUGUAACUGGUUUGGUAGCUUCAGCUAGUCACGACAAAUGCGUCAAGAUCUGGAAGUGAUAAAUUGCAUCCAUUUUUGAAUGACAAGUUGUUUACCUUAUCCACUAUAUAUACUUAGGAAACAAUCAGCCGAUUAGGUGCUUUUGUUGUUUAUAUUAGGUAUACUAUAUGUGCUCUAGCAGGGAGAAGGAAGGGGUUUUAGGUUUUUGACCUAGUACCAGUUAACCCAAAAGAAGAAAUUUCUUAUACAAAAGCUAAUUGUGAUGUUGUUCGAACAAACUUUGGUAAAAACUAGAGAGAUUAUAAUGUAAAUUUCUUCGUUAUAUCUCAUUUUGAAAAUCGACUCA